AGAGAAAGUUAAUUGUGAAUGACUCCAAGGUUUCUUUUGUUGUGCUUUAUUUGGUAGAGUGUUGAAUGUGGUGUCAGCUAUGAUAGAGAAGUUCUUGGAGUGUUUUUUGUGUUUAUAUUAGAUAUUUGGCCAUGUCCAUUUAAGGAGUCCUAGAGACUCCCUAGUGGAGUUAGCAAACUGGAUAUCCAGGUUUUUGGUUCUGGGGAGGGUUUCUGUUGAAGAAAUUCCAAAGACAAUAACCAAUAUGUGAAGCUGUGGGAAUAUCUUUAAGUCAUGGUAGCAAGUCAUAGUAAACAAGUAAGAAAGAUGAAACUGAGGAUGAAGGAUGGAGAGCUGUGUCUGUUUAGCUGCCCAGGUGGCAGUGGUGCAUGUUUUUGUUGACUUGGGAGGAAUGCCAUGGAGAUGGUAUGGGCCAGGAGUUGUGGUGCUUGGGUGUCCCAGAGUCAGCCAGGUUGGUUGAGGCUGAUGUGCAUGUUGGAAGGAAUGUGGAUUAACAGCCUUACAGCUCUCGUAUUGGUGGCUCCUGGCAGAAGGCUGAGUGGAGUUUAGGUCGUAUCUGGCAACCAUGGUAUGGACAAAACAAUAUUGGUCGUCAGUUGAGUGGGGCACUCCAUGCCAGGCUCAUAGUUUAGGCAGCAUCUUCACACUUGCCUGGUUAAGGCCAGGUCUGGACACAAUGAUGAAAAAGAUAUGAGGAGGAGCAGGCACUAGGGGCGCCAAGGCCUGGUGUCUCCUGAAUUGGGAGACUGGCCAGGAGAGGGACCAAGUGCUGCCUAUUAUGUGAGUGGAUAAACUGGGGGACUGGGGAGAGAUGUUGCCUGAGGGCUCAACUGUCCCCAUCAUGCUAGGGCUGUGUGACCUUCGAGGAUGUGUUUGUAUACUUCUCCUGGGAGGAGUGGGAACUCCUUGAAGAGGCUCAGAAAUUCCUGUAUCGUGAUGUGAUGUUGGAAAACUUUGCACUGGUGGCCACACUUGCAUGCUAUAAACAAAACCAUUAGAGUGGUAUGUGGAGCUCUCUGACUGGAACCUGAUGCUGUUACAGCAGGAAUGUGGCUGAUGUUCUUGAUAUUAGCUUCAGAUAAACCAGGUUGUUGGUGUGAUGCAGAUAAUGAGAAGGCACUUUCUGAGCAGAGAACUUCAGCAGAAAGACAAUUGGAGAUAAGACCUCCUGAGUCAGGUCUCUUCAUCCAGAAUGCCUAUCCAUGUGAGAUGUGUGGCCCACUCUUGAAAGACAUUUUACACCUGGAUGAACACCAGGGAUCAUGCCCUGUGGAGAAACUGCAUACGUAUGGGCCACAUGGGAGAGGAUUCUUCUUUAGUGCCAAAGUUUACCAGCACAAGAAGCCACAGUCUAGAGAGAAUCCCUUCAGAGGGGAUGAUGGAGGGACCUCGUUUAUGAAGACCUUGACAGUCUGCACAUCAGGGACAUCAUUUUCAUGCAGGGAUGAAGAGAUAAACUUGCCAGACAGCUUUGACUUCUUCCAGCACCAGCCCAAGCACAGUGGAUUGUGUCCCUACAAAAGGCCUGAGUGCGUAAAGCCUCUGUCACAGAGCUCCAGUCUCAGGAAACACCAAGGAGACCAUGAUGGACAGAUGGUUUACAGUUGGGGAGAUAAUCAAAAAACCUUCCUGAACACCUUCACUUUUUUUAACAAACAGAUAACUCAUACUGAGGUGAGAUCUUUGAGAUGCGUACCAUGUGCAAAUGUAUUCAAGGAGAAAUCAGUUCUUUUUAAUCACAGAAAAAUUCACAGCGGAGAAAUAUCUCAUGUGUGUAAGGAGUGUGGAAAGACCUUUAUUCACUUGUCUCACCUAAAAAUGCACCAGAAAUUUCACACCGGAAAGCAACAUUACACAUGCAGUGAAUGUGGGAAAACCUUUAGCCGUAAAGACACACUUGUUCAGCAUCAGAGAGUCCACACUGGAGAAAGACCUUUUAAGUGCAGUGAAUGUGGGAAAGCCUUCAGUCGUAAGGACACACUUGUUCAGCACCAGAGAUUUCAUACUGGAGAAAGACCUUAUGAGUGUAGUGAAUGUGGAAAAUUCUUUAGUCAAAGCUCUCACCUUAUUGAGCACUGGAGAAUUCAUACUGGGGCAAGGCCAUAUGAGUGUACUGAAUGUGGGAAAUUCUUUAGUCAUAAAUCCAGCCUCAUUAAACAUCAGAGAGUCCACACAGGAGCAAGGUCUUAUGUGUGUAGCAAAUGUGGGAAAGCCUUCAGCUGCAAAGAUACACUUAUUCAGCACCAGAUAAUUCACACUGGAGCAAGGCCUUAUGAGUGUAGUCAAUGUGGGAAGGCCUUCAGCCGUAAAGACACACUUGUGAAGCAUCAGAAAAUCCACACUGGUGAAAGACCUUAUGAGUGUGGAGAAUGUGGGAAAUUCUUUAGACAUAGCUCCAAUCUCAUUGUACACCAGAGGGUGCACACUGGAGCAAAGCCUUAUGAGUGCAGUGAAUGUGGGAAAUGCUUUAGCCACAAUUCCAGCCUCAUUCUACACCAAAGAGUUCAUACUGGAGCAAGGCCUUAUGUGUGUAGUGAAUGUGGGAAGGCCUACAUUAGUAGCUCUCACCUUGUUCAACACAAGAAAGUUCACACUGGAGCAAGACCUUAUGAGUGCAGUGAAUGUGGGAAAUUUUUUAGCCGCAACUCUAGCCUUAUUCUCCACCAGAGAGUUCACACUGGAGAAAAGCCUUAUGUCUGCAAUGAAUGUGGGAAAGCCUAUAGCAGAAGCUCCCAUCUUGUAAGGCACCAGAAAGUUCAUAUUGGGGAAAGGCCUUGUGUUCAACAGUUUUGGUGACUGUUUAGCUGCAUUUCUUAAAUUUGUUUAGUGGCAAAAAUGUCACACUAGAAAAAGAUCUUAUGAAUACAGAAAAUUUGCUAUUUCCUUUUUCAAGUAAUCGUGCUCACAUCAGAGAAAAUCUCUGUACUUUUUGUGAGAGAACCAUCAGCCUACAAGUAAACCUUGUACAUUCUUACAGCUACUUUGGGGAGAUUUCCAGUAAGACAGAUAUGUGUGAUGUUUUCCUGAGGUGUAUUGGAGCUUCUGAACUAUUCAUGACUCCAGGUUAACAUCACUGCCAGCACCUGUGGCAGAAGCCAUCUUAUUACUACCAAGCAUGUGGGCCAAUCCCACCAUUUUGUCGAAGGAAGGCAGUCUCUUCUUGUUCUCCUAUUUGAGUGUUCUAGGCCAUUGAGGGUCCUCAUUUCUCCCCUCGUUAAGAUCUGAACUAGGGUCUGCUGAGGAUUUUGAGACAAAUUUUCCCUUGAUCAACAAUGUUGGCUGUGAACAUAAUAGCCGUGACUUAUUUUUCCUAGUGCUAAGUCACAAAAUGUUGCAACUACCUGUUCCAUUCUGCUGUUUAUACAAUUAUAAAGGCACUUUAUGUCAUUAUUUAUGUUGCUAUGUUUACUUUGUAGAGUGAAUUGUGAAAAAAAAGUAUUGGUUUCUGCCAACAUAAAGGGAGAAACACUUUUUGUGGGUACAACCUAUAUUUGCCUCAGAGGGGACCACAGGAGUGCAGACAACCGUUCUAGGUCUAGUUUACUUAAUGUGCCCUGUUGACAUUCGCCUGCUAGGAAAGACGGAAAAGUUCUAUGUGCCUGGUUCUUGCUCUGAAUACAAGGAUUUCUUGUGAUCCCAGUGUUCAUUCUGAGGAAGGCAUAAUUUAUGAACAUGUCACAUGCUCGUAACAGUAACCUGAGUAGGGUUCCCUGAAUGUCACAUCCCCCAGCACUGUUGGGGGAUUGCCAUCUCCUGGACCUGUGCAGGGGCCAGUAUCUGAUAUCCAGCAAAUCAUAGGCAAGUGCCCUUGACUGUUAAGACCUACAGGGCAAGCCAGGAAUAAUAAUUGGUACGUAAAACACUGAAAUGUUGGGAGUGGGUGUGACUGGCAAUCUAAAGAUUUGUACAUUCUGACAGGUUGCCCACAAAUACCCAAGAGUAUGGCUGUGUGGAAUGAGGAUUAUGGAAAUUCUGAGUCUUUAGAUACUGAUAUUUCCUGUGUCCAGGUCUACCAUAAGAGUAAAUAAAGGUUUGUGUAUUUCUGUACACCACCCCUCCAGUUAUUGACUUUAUAGCCAUCACUGCACAGAUGGGGAUCACAGAACUGAUAGUAGGGAUAGGGUUUCUCUGAUCCCACCAGCACUCUAAGUGACCGACAUGGGCACCAACAUUUUUCUCAGUUUUUUGCUAACAUUGAGUCAGGCAUUAUUCUCCUAAAUUGGGAAAUGAGUAUGAACAGCCAAAAUAAUUAGCAGAUUCUACUUUCCAUGAAGAAUGGUUGCUAGAGGUUUCUAUGAGGGAAUGUAUUGUUCUUAAUGACUUUACUAAGGUAUGAUUAACAAGCAAUACACUGCAAAAAUGUAAAGUAUAAAAUGUGUGCUGUUACAGCAUGCAUCAACUGAAACAAUCAUGAUCCAGUUACCAAAUGUAUCUGACACACAAAUACUUUUUGUCUCUGUAAUCCUAUUACUUUUUCUUAAUUCUUCCAUAUUUAAAACAGCAAGCAUUUUGUAGGAUUUCAUAAAUGGUAAUUUAUUUUGAGAGUGGGGGCUUGGUUUUUUUCACUAACUAUAACUAUUUUGAGAUUAAUCCAUCUUGUUGCAUGCAUCAGUAAUUUGUAUUGCUAAGUAGCAUUACAGUACAUGCCACAUUUUCAAAAUCCAUUGUGUUGUUAAUGAAUGUUUGGGUUGUUUCCAGUUUGGAGCUGUUACAAAUAAAGCUGCUAUGUAGAUUUGUGUUCAAGUUAUGAGAUAAUACUCCAUUGUAUGGGUGGGCCAGUUUAUCCAUUCAGCUUUUGAAAGAAAUAUUUGUUGCUUUCAAGAUUUGACAAUUAUGAAUAAAUCUGCUACAAAAUUGCAUAUAUAAUUUAUGUGUGAAUGUAAGUUUUCAACUCAUUUAGGUAUAUGCC